GCUCGAUGAUUCCAAAAGGAGUCACCUCGGGAAAACCCUCCAAUCCUCCAAGGCUGCACUAGCCUGCAACGCUUUACACGGCCAGGGAGAUGCCAGGGGAGAGACUGGGGCUGAGGAAAUUUAAUAAUUUGUGUUUUAAACAGGGUUUUGUCAAGCCCCUUCGUGAAACUCGCGGCCUGUCCUGGCCCUUGGACCCAAAACCAGGGAACCGGGAUCACCUGCCCAGCCUACAACCGAGCACUGGGGGAUGAACUGAGUGAUGCAGGGGAGCCACCCCGCUCCCGGCACGGCCACCAGCGGCCCCAUCGCUUCUCUGCCACGUCAAAAACAAGGACAUUAGGAGUUCGAGGAAAGCUUUCAAAGGGCAGUUUUCUGGGAAGGAAAUCAUAUUUUUGUGGGGGUUUUUUAUAAUGAAGAAAACCAUCUGAAUUGCCUGAUGUUUCUGUGGUAAAGUAACUUGCAUUCUUGCAGCACAGGAGGAAUUCUUUCCUGCAUUACAAAUUUGGAAGAAGCGUUAAAAAGUGAGAGUUGGAAAAUGGUUCUCUGAAAAAGGUGUGGAUGUAUCAGGAUGUAGCUACUGUACAAAGGUCAUACUUGGAUAAUUCUGGAUAGGAAAGAGCAUCCCUUUCCUGACCUCCUGAAGAGGCUGCAAUCCUUCGAGCCUCAGCAAUGAAUGGUUUCUAUCACGCGGCACUAAAGUUCCCUCCUCUGACUACGACGCUGCACAGAAGAGUUUGUAAGAGUUACAAAGAAAGUAAUUCCUGCUAAAGGCAUUAAACCAAACAAAAGAGGCUCUUCAUUCACAGACUUUACAUGAGGACUAAAAUAGAAGGAAGCUGAAGCUUUUCUGCGCUGGGGCCUGGUGUGCUUAUGUACCAUGAUAAAUCUUGGUUGGAAUGCUCAUUGAGUAUCGUGCCAGGAGCCAGGAAACACACACCACCAGCGAGGACCAUCUGAGUAAACACCAUCGAGAGAAAACUGCUUCAUGGAGUAAACCGUAAGAGUGACUGGGCAGAAAGACAUCCCUUCACUGGAUAUCCUCAAGCACAAAAUUUACUCAUACCUUUAAAUACGAUUGUUGAAGAUCAGAACUGUAUAGAAAUCUCAUCAUUCCUGACCAUGAUUAGUGUUACCUGGAGCAUCUUCCUAGUUUGGACUAAAAUAGGGCUGUUACUUGACAUGGCACCUUAUUCUGUUAGUGCCAAACCAUGCCCUUCAGUAUGUCGCUGUGAUGUGGGUUUCAUAUAUUGUAAUGAUCGCGAUUUGACGUCUAUUCCUACAGGAAUCCCAGAGGAUGCAACUACCCUCUUCCUUCAGAACAAUCAAAUAAAUAAUGCUGGGAUUCCUUCAGAACUGAAGAACUUGCUUAGGGUGGAAAGAAUAUAUUUAUACCGCAACAGCCUAGAUGAAUUCCCCACUAACCUCCCUAAGUACAUUAAGGAACUGCAUUUGCAGGAGAACAAUAUAAGGACCAUUACUUAUGAUUCACUUUCAAAAAUUCCUUAUCUGGAAGAACUGCAUUUGGAUGAUAAUUCUGUUUCUGCCGUUAGCAUCGAGGAUGGAGCUUUCCGGGACAACAUCUAUCUCAGACUUCUUUUUCUCUCUCGAAAUCACCUUAGCACCAUUCCCUGGGGUUUGCCUAAAACCAUAGAAGAGCUACGCUUGGAUGAUAAUCGUAUUUCCACAAUUUCUGAGCUGUCCCUUCAAGACCUUACAAAUCUAAAACGCCUUGUUUUAGAUGGAAAUCUUCUAAAUAAUCAUGGAUUAGGAGACAAAGUCUUCAUUAAUCUAGUCAAUCUUACAGAAUUGUCAUUGGUCCGCAAUUCACUCACAGCUGCACCAGUGAAUUUGCCGGGAACAAACCUAAGAAAGCUUUAUCUCCAAGAAAACCACAUCAACCGUGUGCCACCCAAUGCUUUCUCUUACUUACGGCAGUUGUAUCGACUAGAUAUGUCCAAUAACAAUCUCAGCAAUUUACCUCAGGGUGUCUUUGAUGAUCUGGACAACAUCACUCAACUUUUUCUUCGCAACAACCCUUGGCACUGCGGGUGCAAAAUGAAAUGGGUACGUGACUGGUUACAGUCACUGCCUUUAAAAGUGAACGUACGUGGACUGAUGUGUCAGGCACCGGAAAAAGUACGUGGAAUGGCUAUCAAAGACCUCAGUGCAGAACUGUUUGACUGUAAGGACGAUAGCGUGAUAAGCACCAUCCAAAUCACUACUGCAGUACCAAACACGUUAUACCCAGCCCAGGGACACUGGCCCAUUUCUGUGACCAAACAACCAGACGUCAAGACUCCCAACCUAAAUAAAAACUACAGAACCACAGCAAGCCCGGUACGCAAAAUCAUUACAAUAUUUGUGAAAUCCGUAAGCACGGAGACUAUUCACAUCUCCUGGAAAGUUGCACUACCAAUGACUGCUUUGAGACUGAGCUGGCUCAAGAUGGGUCACAGCCCUGCCUUUGGAUCUAUAACUGAAACUAUAGUUACAGGCGACAGAAACGACUAUUUGCUCACGGCUCUCGAACCAGAGUCACCAUACCGUGUGUGCAUGGUUCCCAUGGAAACCAGCAACAUCUAUCUCUCCGACGAAACGCCCGAAUGCAUCGAGACCGAGACGGCGCCUCUUAAGAUGUACAACCCUACCACCACCCUCAACCGGGAGCAGGAGAAAGAACCUUACAAAAACUCCAGCUUGCCCUUGGCCGCCAUCAUCGGCGGCGUGGUGGCGCUGGUGGCCAUAGGGCUGCUGGCCCUGGUCUGCUGGUACGUGCACAGAAACGGGUCCCUGUUCUCCCGGAACUGCACCUACAGCAAGGGACGCCGGAGAAAAGAUGACUAUGCCGAAGCAGGAACCAAGAAGGAUAACUCCAUCUUGGAAAUCAGGGAGACUUCUUUCCAGAUGAUACCAAUAACCAGUGACCAAGUGUCCAAGGAGGAAUUUGUAAUACACACCAUUUUCCCACCUAAUGGCAUGAAUCUGUACAAGAACAGCCACAGUGAAAGCAGUAGUAACAGGAGCUACAGAGACAGUGGUAUUCCAGAUUCAGAUCAUUCACACUCAUGAUACUGAGGGACGUGAAAGACUGGUUUGGGUUUUGUUGGGCUUUUUGGGUUUGUUUUGUUUUUUAAAGAAAACAAGAAAAGACUGACUUAACAGUUGCUGUUCUACUGCAAAACACUGGAUUAAAAGACUGACAAAGCAAUGUACUGUACAUUUGCCAUAUAAUUUAUAUUUAAGAACUUUUUAUUAAAAGUUUCAAAUUUCAGGCUACUGCUGCGAUUAAUGUAGUGGGGAUACCUGACCACAAUUCUAUAUUUUAGUAUUUUUUAGUAAUUUGUACUGUAUUUUCCUUGCUAAUAUUGAAGUUACAGACCAUUUAACUUUUGUGUUCUACUGAGUAAGAUGACUUGUUGACUGUGAAAGUGAAUUUUCUUGCCGUGUUGAGCAGUCAGAACAUUCAUCUGAGAUCCUUGUAAGUGUAAGCACAGGUCAUUUUUCACUUUGGUAUCAAUAAAAUAAUGUCGAACCUGGCAAGUCAGGAAGAUCAAAAAGUGGUUACAAAAACUCACAGAACUUCCAGUGUUGGUCUAUUAAAUCUGUAAACCACAACAAUAUUCAAUAAACAAAAAUGUGUGUAGUAAUGGGCAAUAUCAGCUGUCUGGAUAUAUCCAUUCAACAGUAGUGAAAUCCAGUUUAAAUGAGAAUAAUCAAAUUGAUGAUAUGCAUGAGACUGAAGCUUUUGGCAAGCAUUAAAAAAAAACCUGUAAUCCCUAGAGGAAAACAUAAUCAAAUUCCUAACAAAGAAAUUCAAAAUAAAGUGGUAGGCUCUACAAACCAAGGGGGUAGAUACAGUUCAGGAAUAGUCUUUUUGUUAUCAGAAUCAGUGGUCUGUAUAUUACAGACAAAAUAGUGAGGGAUGCUCACAGGCAUUUGGGAGACAAAGGCAGGAAGACAGAGACAACACUUUGAAACUGCUUUGAAAAGAGAAAGGGCUGAAAGUGCAGUUUCACAAGAAAAGAGAGCAGGACAAAACCCAAGGCAAUAAAAGCAAGGUCUCAAAAACUGUGGUCCCAAAGGUGAGCAGACAAAUGGAGAAUGCAGCUAUCUGAAGCAUAUAUGAGUCUGUGUUCAGUAUAAUGCUGUUACAGUCAGGAAUACUGCCCAUUACUGUCACAGUUAUUCAGAAUUUCCUUGGAAAAUCUGUAAGGUAACAUGUUUCUUUCUGCCUUCCUGCUGAACUACAAGCUAUUUCAUGUUUAAACCCCAAGCCACUCUUUGUUGCAAUAAUCAUUCUGUUCAACUAAAAACCAAAGUGCUUUGUACGCCCUUUGGCCAGUCUUGUGUGUGCCUUGAUCCAACACUACAUGUAUCAAGCUUUUAAAAACUAAGAAAAAAGGAAAUAAUAAAAUACCCACCUUUUCAUAUGUAACUUAA